AUGGACGGUCUCAAUGCUACGGAACAGCGCGAGCUCGCCUCUCGCAUGGAAAGGAAGCAGCUGAAGGAAUUCAUGGGCAUGUACUCCAAACUCGUCCAACGUUGCUUCGAUGACUGUGUCAACGACUUCACCACCCGUUCGCUUGCUUCUCGUGAGGAGGGCUGUGUGCUGCGCUGUGUCGACAAGUACCUCAAGGGUUCGGCUCGCUUGAACGAGCGGUUCCAGGAACAGAACGCGGCUAUGAUGCAGAACGCCCAGGGUGGACAGUAA